AGGGGAGAAACGCGGAAGAAUACCUGCCCGGGAUUAGCGGAGAGCUGUAACGGUCUAUAGCGAGCGCCGCCUUUCAUUCUCUGGCUAGGCUGGAGAGGGAGGAAUAGCUAGAGAGAGGGGAGAGAGCGGGGCUUCAGCCGCCAUUUCCUCCUACUCCUCCAUCCAGCACCACAAACAACCGUCGAAGAUCUAUGUUGGCCUGAUAUUUGCCGUGCUCUGGCCAACUGCAAUGCACUCCCUGAGCCCCAGAGCUGAUGCACCGUCAGAGGCUGGUAGAGGCAUUGGAGUCGGCUACAGCAGCUGAGGAAGUGCAUAUUGGCCUCCCUGGCAGUAAUGAACGAACUCCACCCAUGGCAAUUUUGUCGGAUUGUGCCUUGGAGUACUCGGGUGAUAGCAGCAGUCAUGGAUGGACUGUUGCCACAGACUCGGGAGAGUCACUCACAAAACCACUUACUCCUUCAAGCAAGGAGGCCUUCAAAAGUCACAUGCAACCAAGAGAGGUGAGGAGGAGACUGGAGUUGGAUGAUGGGACAUCCAUCCCCAUCAUAGACAUAUCUGAAUUCAAGACUCCACAGAUGCUGCGGAGAAGAACCACCUCGACUGGGACACCUCGAUGCUCAGAUGCUAGCCCUGUUGCUGGACGUAGUCCUGGUUGUCGCAAAGAUGCAUCCUUGGUGAAUAUCACCAAGCGUUUCAUGACUUUGGUGGAUAGUUCUCCUGACCGACGAAUUGACAUCAAUCGGGCAUCCAUCACUCUUGGAGUUCAAAAGCGCAGGAUAUAUGAUAUUACAAAUGUCCUGGAAGGAAUUGGGGUAUUACAGAAGGAGUCUAAGAACACCUGUCGAUGGAAAGGUACCCUGGGAGAUGGUGAGGAUGCUGAUGCCUCUGGUGUACUGCUAAGAGAAGAGCUAGAAGACUUGAAUGAAAAGGAAAACACUAUGGAUCAGAUGAUAGCAGAGGCAGAGGAGGAGCUAGGUCGGCUUAAAGGUGGAGCAGGAUCAUAUGUGACCUAUUCUGACCUGAAAGGCAUUCCCUUGUUCCAGAACAAGACUGUGAUAGUUAUUCAGGCUCCUCCUGAUGCUCUCUGGGAAUCUUCCCCUCCUGGUGGUCAAAAUGGUGCCGGUGGAACCCUACGAAUCAAGAGUGAAUCUUCAGAGAUUGAGGUGUUCAUGUGCCCAACUGAGGUAGCUGAGCCUUCAGAAUCCAAUGAGACAAUCUCAAGCAGUGGAUUUGUCCCAGACAGCUCCCAGUCCCAUUCACAAGUGCCAUUUGAGCAAGAACUCCUCAACAGUCCCCCAACUGCCUCCCAGCUGUUGCACAGUCCACCUUGGUCAAGUCCUGCACUCAGUAGUCCUGUGAAAUUUCUGGAUGCCCGGUUUGGCACCCCUCCUAGGAGCAUGGCUACUCCUGGGCCUUCUCGUAUCAAGGAGGAGCGGGAUGACCUCUCCAGUCUGUCUCUGUCCAUGAGUGAGACAUUCCUCUCACUGGAGCCACCUCUGGCCGACAGCGAGUACGCUUUCACCUUGGAUGGAUCUGAAGGGUUGACAGACCUCUUUGACUUUGAUCUCCUGGGCAGCAGUGGGAAGUGAUCGGGUCCUCCUCCUGUCAAGUUCUGAAGUACCUGUCUCAUCCCCCACCCCUUUUCACAUUUUUUGCAAUAUUCUGCCAGAAGGGAUAGGCCAGCAUGAGACACGUCACCUAUGCCAAAGUAUGAGAUGUGUAGAAGAGAGGGUAAAGUUCAUCCAGUCCCAGGAAGGUUCCACUUUUAAUACAGGAAGAACAGCUCAACUCUACUUAGCAUACUUUGCUCUCUUUAAACCUUCUUCCAAAAUUUGAAACCAAACAAAAAGGAAGGAAAUAACUUUGGUUGUAAGAAAUUGUAUCCUAUUAAGGGCUUGUACCAUCUAGACCUUUCUGUGACUGGACAAACUAUACUUUAAUUUAUUGAGUUGGUUUUGGGAAGUUGGUGGUUCAGGAUGUGACAAAUGUGCAUCUACACCAGCAAAUUCCUUUUAAUGCCAUUGGAAGUCUUAUUUAUGGGUUAUUCAGUUUCCCUAUUUUUUAUAACUUUUAUCCUGAUUAUCCUGAGGUUAUGUUUGGGCAUUGUGUUUGACAGAACAGGGCCAUGAAGGGCAUUUUAAUGUAUUUUAUUCUGAACCACCAGGUUCCCCUGGAUGUCGAGAGGUUUUAAUUUAUGGAAGAUGUUCAGUUUUAGUCUUUUUUUUUAAGACAGCAAUGUAUUUGCAAAAAGGGCCAUCAAGGGCAUUUUUUGUUGGCACUGGCAGAGAGGUUUCAGAGAAGUGCCAUUUCUCAUCUAGUGCCUACCUUUUUAUUUUUUGUGCAUGCAACAGAUUUUGCUUGAUUUCUGAAACAAUGAAAGUUUUCAUUGAUUCUGUUUCAUUUAUCUGGGUACGUGAACAGGGAGGGU